UCGGGCGCGGUGCGUCGAGUCCCACCCGCCCGAGCGGGGCGUCUGCCCUCGGGGCCGCGGGGGGCGGAGGUGGGGCUCGGUGCCCGGCGUCUGCGGCCCGCGCCGGCCUGAGGUAACCGCACCUCCCGCCCCCUCGCCGCCGCCCUAUAAGUUGCCCGGCGCGGACGCCGGGCCAUGGGGCGCGCCCGCUGUCCCCCGCGAUGGAGCCGGCCGAGGGCUCCCACCUGGACGCGCUCGCCUACCUGGAGUGCGCGCUGGGCUUGCUGGGCUCCGUGCUGCUGAAGCUGGUGCGCUCGGCCUACGGGCGCUACGCGUCUCCGCGCCCCGCCUGCCGCGUGCCGGCGCGGGCCGCCUGGGCGCUGCAGGAGCUGCCCUCGCUGGCCGUGCCGCUGUGGGUGUGCGCCCGCACGGCUGCCGAGCGCCUCCGCCACGCGCCCAACCGCGUCCUCCUGGCCAUGUUCCUCGUCCACUACGCGCAACGGUCCUUGAUUUUCCCGCUUCUCAUCCGAGGAGGAAAGCCGAUGCCCCUGUACACGUGUACGUUGGCGUUUACGUUCUGUGUCUAUAACGGCUACUUGCAGAGCAGAUAUUUGAGUCAGUAUGCGGUGUAUGCGGAUGACUGGGUCACUGAUCCCCGAUUUCUAGUAGGUUUCUGCUUAUGGUUAAUAGGCAUGCUGAUAAACAUCCAUUCCGACCAUAUCCUGAGGAAUCUCCGGAAACCAGGGGAGACUGGAUAUAAAAUACCAAGGGGAGGCUUAUUUGAAUACGUAACAGCAGCCAACUACUUUGGGGAGGUGGUCGAGUGGUGUGGCUACGCCCUGGCCAGCUGGUCCGUUCAAGGCGGGGCCUUCGCGGCCUUUACCUUCUGUAUUUUAGUCUCCCGAGCACAGCAGCACCACCAGCAGGUCACUGAUGUGGAAGAGAAGGGCUGUGACCGUGGCCUCGCGACAGAAGUGACACUUGCUCCAGAGUCCACCCACCAGCUUCCCACUGGUGGCUUUCCGGCCGUUGAAAGCACACCCAGCAGGCAGACACGCUGGGGCUCCCCGUUUGCAGACUGAGUGUGAAACUUACCUGAAACCGGCAGAUUUUGCCAAUUCCCUGGCCGCUGGCUGUUGCCACCUGUUUCUGCCCUGUAAACAAAGAGUCGCUUUCCACCAUGACUUUCCCUGGGUUUAUCUGUUGUGCUUAUGGAAACUCCUUCUUUUCUGCCCAUUUCUCCAUCUCCUCAAGUUACUUGAAGUUUUCACUCCAUCCACUUAGCCGCCACCCUCCCCAGCCAGCCAGUACCGCGGAACCAACGGGCGUCAGCCUGGCUGGUGUCAUUCAUAUCAAAACUGAAAAUACCUGUUUGUUCCGAGUGCAGGGUCCCGUUGCGUUCUCCCAGCUUUGUCCGAGAGCCCCCGGGCGCGUGGCUGGGCGCACAUCUCCCCCACCCCGGUCUGGAGGCACCGUCCUCUCCUGGGGAGACUUCCUGCGGGAAUCUGAGUCACCACAAGUGCCGGUCCUCUGCCCCAGUCUGCAUGCUCCCGGGGUCUGCAGACCUUGCCCCCCCGCUGCAUUGAUCGGCACCCUCACACGCCAAUAACCUUCGUGGGCAGCAUGAAUCCUGCUUUCAUGACACAGGCAGAAUCAAACUGUGCACCUGAAAUGCCGAACUUUUUAUUACUACUUUUAAAAAUCUCUGUACUCCUGCAUAAUGAAAAGUGACAAAAUCAUUUCCUUUUCUUAGUGUGUGUGUUUUUUUGUUUUUUUUUUUUGUCUGAUUUUAGGUGGUACCUUGAGAAAUUUGAAGAUUAUCCAAAGUUCAGGAAAAUUAUAAUCCCGUUUUUGUUGUAAAUUUGUUGUCAGUGGAUGGUCUCCGACUUGCCACGUUUCAGUGAUGUUUCUCUAGGGAUCGUGUAAAUGAAUUGCUUUCUGUCAUUUUCCUGUUCCUUCAUCUGUUUCAAGAUUUGCUCUAGGAAUGUGUUCCUGGUAAGUGCGUAAGCUGCCUAACACCAAGCUAAUGAGACUGAAAUGCAGGCUGGAGUAGUGGGUUGCAUGCCGGCUCGAGAAUCUGCAGCUCUGGGUCAUUCCAGCUGACCACUUCUCGGGUUUUGGAGUCUCCUCUUUUGGCUGCAUACAGCUAAGUGGGCACGAGACCAGGAUUACGAGCCAUUUCUGACGGCCUCCGUGGACUGAAACAUGUCAUUGCCCCUGUCCUACCCAUACCAACCAUCAGUUCAAGGCCGGAGGUGAUGUUGCCCCCUCCCCUGAUAAAGGCAGAACUGUCUCCAUGGUCCUGCUCACCCCGCUGGGUCAGCGAGGCCAGGGGGCACCCAGAGUGGUCCCAGCCCCAGGGAAACGUCCAGGCUCUCACUGGAGUGCUGAGCAGCAGAGAACUCGGGGGCAGAGAGAGGAGACACGGGGCCAGCUGAGGCCUGGACAAGAGGCCUCUGGCACCUGCGGCAUCCUGGCUCCCCGGGUGACUAGACUACAGGGCAGGGGGCUGUGUGCACUCAUGUAAGGGGUAAGGCGCUCUGUCCCCCACCGAGAGGACUUCUUGGAGGCCCUGGUGGGAGCAGGGAGCCCCUUGUGCUGAUCACCACAGGCACCAGCAGUCUCUGGUUUAAGAUGAUUUUUCUUCCUUCCAGGUAGAACUAGCAGGUUUUAAAGCACUUUUUUCUCAGUACCCUCAGUAUCCCAAAACAGGAUCUUGAAACAGAAUGUCUAACUCUAGAUGCCCUUGAGAGGUCCGCGGAGGUAAAUCAUAGAAAUAAAAUGGACCACAUACUGCCUGAUACGUAAAAGAUAUCUCAGAAGGCUGAGAAUCUGUAAAAGAAAUCUAACAGAAGGCUACUAAAUCUCUGGGCCACUCUGUGAAGCUCUGAUGGGACACGUGGCGGAGGUCCCCUCCUGGCUGUGGCAGCAGUGCCUCAGUGUCCACCGCAUCUGUGGAGCCAGAAUCUGCAGGAGGAGGGGAGGAAGGAGGAGACUGUUCACUCUGAUCCGCUGACCUGCUAGGUGGGUGGCUGGGGGCGUCCAGAGCAUGCGCGGCCCCAGAGCCCCCCAUGGGCUCCCCGACCCCUCUCCUGGCUGACCUUCCCAGCCACGGUCUCGCCCCUCUCGAGGUUUUAUGUAGGAGCCAUGUUCUCGGUGUUAGUGAUUUGUGGAGUCUUCGUUUGAUCUCAGAAUUACGCAGCCAACGUCUCCGAUGGAACUAUGCUUCAUUGUAACUGGGGAUAGAACGUUUUUGAAGAGAAAUUUUGGUAUUCAAUGCACUUGGUUCCUUUUUCUGAGCCUUUUCCAAUUACUUGAGAACACGAAGCAAUAAAUAUUUUGGAUCUCCUCGGGAAAACUCAAAAGUCCAAGCAAGUCACGAUGGAUUUGGCUGCUGUGCUCUGGAAGGCGCAUGUGGCCGGGAGAAGGAUGCCAGUCUGAGAGCCGGAGAAGCUCGCCGUGAUGUUUUUCUCCUUUUGUGAACGGCCCGAGCGAAGGAAUGCUUGGGUUGACUCAGGCUUUGAUGUGUGGUUCAUGCUUUCACCCGCCCGCACUGGGGGGACGAUUGAUAGGAACAAAUCUUCCAUCUUGCCUCUCCGCCCUCCCUCCCUUUCCUAAAAACCGCCACUUAGCAAAUUGUCAUCAAUUACCGUGUUAAUCAUAACAAGGAGAUUAAUAAAAUUACUUCAAGCCCA